UUUCACCAUGAGAAUAUUUUCCUUUGUCUCAGUCUAACAUUAGUGUAAUUGCAUUUGAGUAACAGUUUGCACUGUGGCUAGUAAAACAAGAUUUCAAAAUGCUUUUUGCAAUGGGAAAAAUAAAUUAGUUAAAAAUUCUGACACUAUAAUUGCCUUCUGCUUGGCAAUUAUAAAAAAAUUAUAAAAAUCACCUCAUGUGAUUUUUAAUCCUGUUUGUAAACAAAACAAGGACUUAGCAAUUUAUCUAUAUGACUAAGCUGAGCCAAACGGAAGAUGCAUUUUACGUUGAAAAUAGGAUGUCCCCUUGGGACUCAGGCAAGGCAACUUGCAGAAUACUGCUUCAUAGACAUUUAAAUCCAGAUAUUUGUGUUCUUUUGGUCUUCAUUUUAUUGGUUAGCUAAGGUGAAAUGUGUUUUAAAACUAUAAAAUGUAUUUGCAGGUUUGUGUAGGACAAAUGGGUCCAAACUGACAUCUCUCAAUGCUAGCCUGCCUGCUGUUGUCAGCUACACUGAAUAAGCCUGCUUUGAUCCACACAGGAUGUACUUGCUUUGUUAUGAAGUCAACCUUGUUCAGCCCAUGAUACAUCAGAUGCUGUACUUCAUGCAUCUGCUUUGUAGCUGUAGCCUCUACUAAAACUGUCCAUGCUGUGUGCUUUAGUUCUUUGUGCGCUAUGUAAAGUGGGUGUCUUCUAGAGACAAGUCUUCUGAUUACUUGUCUUUCUGGUUGCCUGUGGAAAUUUAGUCCAGUAGCAGAGAUGGCUGGAAGAGGCAGUUGUGGUGUUACCACUAACUAACUUCUUAGCCUGCCAUAAAUAUGUUCCCAACUCAGUGCAGAAGUGGAAGGAGUAAGAUCCUGUAAGGAAGGAUUUUAUUGACCUUUUCCCUGAAAUUUCAGAGGACAUUGCAGGCUUUUGAGUAGGAUUCAAGUGUAGGUGUUUACAUGAUAGCUGGUAGGUCAGUCAGAACCCAAGGGCAAACUUUUGCAUAAAUAUAUAGUCUCACCUGGCCUGCGCAAAUUCCUCAAGUGGUUUGUUACAGAACAGUCACAAUGUGACUAUCCUAGUAGCAUAAGCUGCCUUUCCUCUUGCUGUUGGCUAAAGAGAUACUGAUUGAUGUUCACUGAAGGAGAUAAUUUCCUUAUGGCUGUGCUGAUCCUAUGAGGCCAGCUGUGUUCAGGGCUGGCCUGGGCAGCUUAGGUUAGGGCUUGAGAUCAUAGUUCCACAAAUAUUUGAGGUGACAUAACACAUCACUGGUGCUCAGAUGGGCAGGUUUCACUCUCCAUCCUUUCCUACUCUGCUUUCACUCCCACUUUCCUCUCUCUUCUCAUGUUUUGGCUCCACUUUCCUGCUCUUUUGCUUAUGUGGGUCUGACACUUGUUGAACCAUUCUGCAGGCCAAAUCAGCUCACUGCCUGGAAAGCACUCUUUUUCCUGAAUUAAAUUUCUGCCUGUUUAAUGAGUUAAAGAGGUUUGAAGAAGUGUCUGGAGAGCCCAAAAGUGGAAGCAAGCUUCCUUCCCAGCCGUGGAUCCACGAGGUGGAAAACAUAGAGAAGAGCAGGUGCUGCAAGAUUGCACUCGGAAAGUGUAUCCGAGACGAAAAAGAGGAAAUUACCCUAUAUCCACCCCGACUAUAAGACUCAGAAACAGACAUUGGGAUCAAUUAAAAAAGGCAACAUGAAAGAAGCUGAGAAGCCACGUGCAGGGGACAAAUUCUGCUGCAUUUCCAAGCUGAAGGUAUUUCUGCUGGCACUAUCACUUGCAUUUGUUGGUAAAACGAUGUCUGGUGCUUACAUGAACAGCAUGUACACACAGAUAGAGAAACAAUUUAAUAUUCCAGCUUCUUUAGUGGGGAUCAUUAAUGGAAGCUUUGAAAUUGGCAACUUGCUGCUGAUAGCAUUUGUGAGUUACUUUGGAGCAAAGCUUCACAGACCCAGAAUAAUUGCUUUGGGCUGCACAAUUCUGUCAUUUGGAUGUCUUUUGAUAUCAAUUCCUCAUUUCCUAUUUGGAAGGUAUCGUAUUGAAAGCAGUAUUUCACAACGGGAGAAUUUUUCAGUCAUGCCUCUGUGCCUUGUUAAUCAAAGCUUGUUCUCUUCACCUACAGAGGAACCAUCAAUAGAGUGUGAAAAAGAGCCUGGGUCCUUGCUGUGGAUAUUUGUGAUGGUUGGAAACAUAGUACGAGGAAUGGGUGAAACUCCCAUCAUGCCUUUAGGCAUUUCGUAUUUGGAGGAUUUUGCCAAAGCAGAGAAUUCACCUUUCUACCUGGGAUGUCUACAUACAGCAACUGUAAUAGGCCCCUUCCUUGGUUUCUUGUUGGCAUCAUUCUGUGCAGAACUGUUUGUUGAUCUGGGAUCAGUAGAUGCAGAGGACAUAACUAUAACAGUUACUGAUGCCCGCUGGGUUGGAGCAUGGUGGCUGGGCAUUUUGAUUUGUGCAUCACUGAAUCUUCUUGCGGGAAUACCUUUUUGGUUUUUGCCCAAGUCACUGGUGAAGGAAGGAGAAAUCAAUGACCCUGAGGAGAUGAGUAAAAAUAGUGUAACACCGUUGCAAGAAAAUGAUAAAAAUGAAGCCAAACAGACCAUGUAUGAAAUUGCUAAAGAUUUCAUCCCCUUCCUCAAGGAUCUGUUUCGUAACCCAGUUUAUAUGUUAUUUAUAUGCAUAACUGUCUUACAGUUCAGUGCCUUCAAUGGCAUGGUAUCCUUCAUGCCAAAAUAUCUGGAACAACAGUUUGGAAAAUCUGCAUCAGAUGCCAUCUUUUUAAUUGGUGUUUACAACUUACCAGUUAUAUGCGUUGGGUAUUUUUUUGGAGGCUUAUUCAUGAAGAAAUUCAAGAUAAAUAUCUAUCAGGCUGCGAACAUAGCAUUUUGGGUAUCUUUACUGGAAUACCUUCUCUACUUUGCUGCCUAUUGGACUGUCUGUGAUACUUCACCAGUUGCUGGCCUAACAGUUUCCUAUGAAGGAAUAGAGCAAGUUUCAUAUGCAGAAAAUACUCUACUUGCUGGCUGCAACAGGGAUUGUGACUGCCCACUUAAAAUAUGGGACCCUGUUUGUGGGAACAAUGGAAUCACUUAUGUGUCACCUUGUCUUGCUGGGUGUAAAGCCUCAAGAGGAACUGGAAAAAGUGUGGUAUUUGAAAACUGCACCUGUGUUGCAGCCUCAGCGUUUUCAUCUCAAAAUGUCUCUGCAAUUCUGGGCCAGUGUGAUGGAGAAGAAAACUGUGAUAAGAUGCUUCAUUAUUUUUUAAUAUUGUCAUUAGUCUGCAGCUUCAUUUUUUCCUUAGCAGCCAUGCCGGGGUACAUGGUCUUAAUAAGGUCUCUAAAGCCUGAAGAAAAGUCGUUUGGAGUGGGUAUCCAUGGACUAGCUUCAAGAGUAUUUGCUGGAAUUCCAUCUCCCAUUUAUUUUGGAGCUUUGAUAGAUACCACUUGCUUGAAGUGGGGUACUAUGACUUGUGGAGGAGAAGGAGCAUGUAGGAUGUACGACAUUGUCACAUAUAGGUGGCUCUAUCUUGGCCUGCCAGCAAUAUUACGUGGAGUGUCCUAUAUCCCAAGUGCACUGAUCGUCCUUAUUUUAAAGAAGAAACUUAAAUCUGAAAGCCAAAUCUUAUUAAAUACACCAGUAGAAAUGCAGGAUAAAGAACAAGAAGCAUUGAAAUAGUAUUUCAAAGCAGGACAUAUAGUGAAAAAACAUUGCAGUGUGAAUUUUGGAUAUAACCUUGUGAAACAUUUCAUACUUUAACUAGUGAACACUUGGACAGAGAUUAAUAGAAUUACAUAUAGUUGUAUCCUAAUUAUAUUAUAAAAGUAUCAGUUCAUAAACAGAAGUUACAGGAAAAAUGUGUUUGGUGCAAAAAAACAAGGAGUAGAAAUAAGAAAACUUAUGAAAUGCCAGGUUUGAGUUGUCUGAGCAAAGGGCUAUAAAGCAGAAACAUAUGUUUUCAGUCCUGGUUUUACUGCAGAUAGCGAGAGUUUUGCAAGUAACUCCUGUGAUGCCAGAUUUCAUGCUGGAAUUCUCCAACAGCUUCUGCCACAGCCUCUCUCAUUGACUAUAGACAGGAUUUGCAGCUGCUUUGGGCCUGAUUUUUCCAUAAAUUUAUUUAAUUAUGCUGUCAGUCCUUUCAGGCAGGGACUGUUUGUUGUUCUGCAUAGUGUAGGUGGUCAAUAUAUCGGGAAUCUGGUUUAUGACAUGAUCUGGGUGCUGUGGUAAUAA